AUGGCAACCAAGCCGAAGCUCGCGCAGCUUAAGACUCCAAUGACCUCAACCUUCCCCUCCGAACUGUCAGCUCUGUCCGCCAGAAGCCCGCUGCCAGGCUUUGCGGAUUUCAUAAAGCAAGAGGAUUAUAUCAAGACGCCCAUUACACCUCCGACAGCCUAUACAGACUUCCUCAAGACCAUGGGCAGUCCUGCUCCGGGAGACAAGUCGUCCGGAAGAACAACACCCACCUCAGCUCCCUCCACCGGCUCCAGCGAACACAGCGAUUGCUCAUGCAAUUGUGAUAGUCACAAGUCGCCUACUUCAGCUGCUGCCACCCAAUUCACCUUCCCAUUGUCUGCACCGUCAACUGGGCGACUAGGACGUCUUCGAAUCCCCCCAUCUCCAGCCUUCUCAGGCGCAGACUCUCCCCGGAGUGCAACUUCAGCAGUUCGCUCUCCCUUCAGUGCACGAAGCGCACGCUCCCCAUACGACUGGGACUGCAAGAGCAGGGGAAGAUAUUUCGACAUCAAAUCACCCAAGGCUACACGCUCCAGUGUCCGCCAAGUGAGAGAGAUAGUUACCCGGACUGUUACAUAUACACCACGAAUGAGUCCAGCGCCCAAGGGAAAGAGGAGGAAGAUUGAGUAA